UUAGCGAACUUAUGGCGGAAAGGAAGCCAUGGAAGACGUCGAGCAUUGUUGCCAUUGCAGUAUUCAUAUUUGCCAUUGUAAUUGCAACAGCUGUGCUGCUAGUCUUCUCGUUAUGUGUGAACAAAAAGAAGCCAGAAGGUGAGUUCUAUUCUGAUCUCAUCAAACAGACAGGUACAACUUGUUGGGAAACCAACGUGUUUGCGACAACAAACGACCCCUUCUACAAAUGGGCCACAAGCACCUCCAUUGCGUCAGCACUCGUGUGGGGUGAAACUAAAAAUUCGAGCAGUGUUAGCAUGACGGAGGUUGCUGCUGCUUAUCAAAAGCUCAGUGCAUGGCGGGUUUGGAGAAGCAACAACAAAACUGUAGAAGCUGAUCUUUUCAACUCGCCUGAUCCACACUUGUAUGGAGGAGUCAUUCGCCAGCAUGGUACUAGUCUGAUCUGGAAAAUGGCGAUUCACUGGGGGAUAAGCUUACGCCUGUGCAUCAAUGAUAUGAGUGAUAUGGGGGCGUCUGCUGUCGAACGCUGCAAGAUCACUGCACCUAUAGUCUCAGUGAACAAAACCAGCGGUACGCCGGAUCUUGGCUUACUUCUCAGUAAAGUACCUUUCGCAAUGCCAUCUUCCAAAUUCACGCAUCCAGUUCUCACCAAGUCUGGAUUUUAUUUCAGCAACUUUGCUAGCAGUGCGAGGUCCAACAUAUCCACAGGGAUUAGCCAGGAGAAAAUUCCCUCCAACGACUCGACAUGGUCUUACUACAGCAAUGAUAUUAGAGAAUGCAGCCCAUCAGUUCCCAUCAACUACAUCCCGGAUGUUAUUUCUUACUUGUCUUAUCCAUUCUUAGAGUGCGCCUGCCGUCGCCAAGUUUGCAUAAUUGGAUACGACUUGACGCAAGGCCAAGAUGUUUCCUUCGCCUUCAACACUUCUCAGUGUGAGACAUCUCGAUCAUUUUGGGACUGGGAUCAUAUUAUAGAUGAACAUAUCAUCUAUCUUGGAUCUUACAGCAUCAAAUUUAACCUCCCGGUGACAGUCCUAAUUAGUUUUAAUGACUCUCUUCCCAUUGGCGCCAGCCUUGCCAGCCUCACAGAAGGUGUGCUGAGUGGGAUGGAGCAGAUGACAACAUGCAUUGAGACAACAUUAGAAGGAGACCAAGAGCCAAAUCCCACAGUUCUAUUCGAUGCUUGUAUAAAAAACGUGACGGGUUCCCAAGUUAUGCUCAUCACCGGCAUUAAGUACAAGUAUUCUCGUAUGCAAACCGACAAGGUGUGCGGCACUGUCAUCAAAGAGUUUCUGUUGACGAAGAAACCAGGAGGGAACAUCACCUGCGGGAACGAAGAAUUCAAGGUUGAUUCACCACCGUGUUUCAAAAAAUUGUCCGCAUAUGACAACAUGAACGUCCAAGAAGUUCUCAAUGACUUGUUGAAAGUGAGCAACGUUCAUCAUUUUGGAAAGCAGUAUUGGAAAGAUGGAUCUUCUCGUCGAACACAAGUUUAUGCGUCUUUUCUGACAUUUGUCAUUGCAUUCCUGGGAAUUUGUGCUGGCUCCUUGAGCAGGACACUCUUAGAGUGGGAAGAUUCAUUGUUUCGCCAACUCCAUCAACUUAAGUUGGCCGGUAAGCCAGGCUACCGUCCACUAAUCAGAACUUUGGGGCGGACAGUGUUCAUUGCUGGUUCAGUGGCAGGAAGCUUGCCAGGUCUCUACUUCAGCAUAAAUGACCUCCAAAAGGAACCUUCCCUUGCCACUGCUGAGACAAUUCUCCAGCUCAAUAAUGACACAGCAUUCCUAGUGACAACGACAUCCACAGUUGAAGUUACUCCAAACUGGAUAGUCUUCCAAGUGUUCACUGUGUUUAUUGGAUUAGCAGUGGUUGCACUAGCCAUCCUCAUCUACUUCAAAUUAGAGAAAAAUCUACGUCAGACUACGCACGGGACAAGGAAGCGGCAAAGAGGGCCAUGGAGAUGGAGUGGGAGGUGAGGUUUGGGAAGCAGGAGGACGCUUUCGUUGCCAAGGCCAUCUACGAGAGAGCUCUGAAGCAUACCUGUGGGACGUGCUGAAACAUCUUUUUCAUUGUUGGAUUCUUGAUUACUUCUAUCCCAUUGUUGGAUUCUUGUACGAGAAGAACAAACUUCAUGAUUUGCAAGACGAACUACGAUGGAACCGUCAUCAUGUAUCCGUCCCUGCAACUCGUCGCUCAGACACAGCUCCAUUGUCUUCCUCAAAGAACUGGUACGUGAAUCCCUCAAGCAUUGACUCGGGAACAACGUAACGAGCUUGUACUGCUCGGGGCGCGCCAGCUUCCGCUUGUCAUGCAAAUCAUCCAGCGCUCGAACAACUUCUUCGAUCUCGGGCCAGCAACUUCUCGUCGUGGUCACCCGCAGAAUCAUGUCCACGAGCUGAAAGCCUUCCCACUCGACGAGUAGCGCUCCACGAAGCAAUAGUCCGGCAAGCAUGCGAGUCCGCGAGAUUCAUCCGCUUCAGUACACCUUCCACGAGCGCAGCCGCUUCACCGAUCACUGGACGCCGCCACCUUUCACCUCCAGGGACCCAAGAGCAAAAUCGGAGCCUCCACUCGCAAGGAUCACUCAGAUUCAUAGGGAUUAUCGCACAUAGCUUGCAUAAUCCCCAUUCUAACUUAAUCAAACUCAGAAAGCAAGGACGGAUUCAGAUUCACAGUCCUGCCAUGUCAUAUAAAAAUCAGUGUUAGUAUUUCACGAGUUUAUAAGCCAUGAUCCAGUAGUUCCAGAAAA